AAAAAAAAAAAACCAGAGAAGAAUCUUUAAAGAGAUGGGUGUGGUAGAGGAAGCUCACAACGUGAAGGUGAUUGGUUCAGGAGAUCAAGCUACGAUCGUGUUAGGUCACGGGUUCGGCACGGACCAGUCAGUAUGGAAACACCUGGUUCCACAUCUGGUCGAAGAUUACCGCAUCGUGCUUUACGACAACAUGGGAGCCGGUACGACAAACCCUGACUAUUUUGACUUCGAUCGUUACUCAAAUCUCGAAGGCUACUCUUUCGAUUUGAUUGCAAUCUUAGAAGAUCUCAAGAUUGAGUCAUGUAUCUUUGUUGGUCACUCUGUUUCUGCCAUGAUUGGUAUCUUGGCUUCUCUUAACCGUCCUGAUCUCUUCUCCAAAAUCGUCAUGAUUUCUGCUUCUCCAAGAUACGUAAACGAUGUUGAUUACCAAGGUGGAUUCGAACAAGAAGACUUAAACCAACUCUUCGAAGCGAUACGAAGCAACUACAAAGCGUGGUGCUUAGGUUUCGCUCCACUCGCCGUCGGUGGAGACUUAGACUCAAUCGCCGUUCAAGAAUUCAGCAGAACACUCUUCAACAUGCGUCCCGACAUUGCUCUUUCCGUCGCUCAGACCAUUUUCCAAAGUGACAUGAGACAGAUCUUACCUUUUGUCUCUGUCCCUUGUCACAUUCUUCAAAGUGUUAAGGACUUAGCCGUACCAGUCAUCGUCUCCGAGUAUCUUCACGCCAAUCUUGGAUGUGAAUCCGUCGUUGAAGUUAUUCCCUCUGAUGGUCAUCUUCCUCAGCUUAGCUCGCCGGAUACUGUUAUUCCCGUUAUCCUCCGUCACAUUCGUAAUGACAUUGCUGUGUGAUUGUGAGAAAUGUAGUUAAUUAGUUAAUUAAUGGAUGUCUGAAAAUUGAAAAUAAAUUUCUGAUGUGAUA